AAAAAAGUGAUUUUUUUCGGAGUAGGAUUUACGACAGUUUGGUAUGUUUACGGCCUCUCAUGAUACUUGCAGUAGAGGUAAACAAGCAAACUCGGCUUGACGUUUUGCUCCGAAAAGUGGAAAUAUAAUUUAGCGAGGGACAAUGCUACUCCAGAAUCGCGCCGCGAUUGCCCUUGGUCUUCGGAUGUGCUCCACAAAUGUGCGGAAAGGACCUUUGAUGGACACAGCAAGAACCAACUCGGACAUGUCUGAAUUCCGCAAGGUUUUUUCCAAAGCCAAGCACAUAGCAAUCAUCACAGGGGCAGGUGUGAGUGCAGAGAGUGGAGUACCAACCUUCAGGGGAGAAAAUGAAAAGUGGAGGAAGUGGCAAUCUCAGGACCUGGCGACCCCAGAGGCCUUCUCUCGAACACCGUCCCGGGUCUGGGAGUUUUACCAUUACAGAAGAGAGCUGGCUUUGAACAAGAAACCCAGUGCUGCCCAUCUGGCUAUAGCCGAGUGUGAGGCCCGGCUGAAGAAGCAGGGGCGCUCUGUGGUUGUCAUCACCCAGUGCACAGACGACUUGCACCGACAGGCCGGGUCCAAACAUGUGCUCAAAAUUCAUGGCAGUUUAUUGGAGACGCGCUGUGUGAGUUGUGGACAUGUGACCAUCAACAAGCGGAGCCCCAUAUGUGCUGCCCUAAAGGACAAAGGCGCACCUGACCCAGAUGUUGCUGAUGCCCAGAUUCCUGUGGAUAAACUACCAAGGUGUGGCGAAAGAGACUGUCACGGUCUUCUGAGACCAAACGUGGUGUUUUUCGGAGAGACCCUGGACUCUCAUAUCCUGACCAAGGUGGAAGAACAGAUGGAAACCUGUGAUCUCUGUCUGGUGGUUGGCACAUCUUCGAUUGUUUACCCAGCAGCCAUGUUUGGUCCCCAGAUUGCAUCAAGGGACGUCCCAGUGGCAGAAUUUAACACCAAAACAACUCCCAAAACUGAGUACUUCACGUACCACUUCCAGGGUCCAUGUGGAACAACACUUCCCCAAGCUUUGGCGCAACAUGAGUCAGAGGUUAUUUAAGUUUGUAAAAAUAAUGGCUUUACAAACAGCAGCGGCUUCUUCUACAUGCUAAUGCAUCAAAGACUUGGUGGGUGGUGCACAGCAUUAUAUUAUUACAAAUGUUUGCCUUAAAAUAAGUUCAGCUGUUUAUGCUUGAUAGCUGGAGGGUUAAGCUUAGAAUUUAACUUGUUAAAACUUCGAGAUGGAUCUCUUAAUACUUGAAUAUACUGUAUAGUUCGAUAAACUGGAAAUAGGAUUUUGUAAGUUUUACAUACUUGCUGCCUUGACUUAGGCAGGAGCUAUGCAGCUUGGUAUACAAUAGGGAAUGCACUAUGUAUGUAGUUAUUUGCAUUGGAUAUCUUAUCCUCAGAUAUUAGAGGGUAUUACUAUUCUUAUAUGAUGUUGUUUAUUAGAUGCUGGUGAGGAAUUGUCCUAUUUUGCUGUUUAUCAGAACGGAUUACUUCUGGUGCCAAUGGAUAAUAUUCCUUUAUCUCUACUUAACCGAUGUAUGUACAGAGAGUAACAUAAUCUUGUGCCUUUCAAAACUGUUUACACAACUUUGACCAAAUGCUUGCUUUAAACCUUAAGUGCAAAUCAACCGAUAUUACAGUUCCAGAGUACAGAGUUUGCUUUUGACCGAGGACAGAGAGGGUAGAGAGAGGGAAAUGUUCUCUCUUCAAUCCUAGCCUGAUGCAGCACAAACUCCUUCUCAUGCUGUUUGAAUGUUUCGUAUGACAUCAAUAGUGACAUGUCAUGGGUUAUUCAAAAUAGAUUUAUACACAUUUGAGUGUCUGUUUUCCAAAAAUACAUGUUUAAGAUAGAAAUUGUCUAAAAAUGAAAGCAAUCAUAUAUUGGAUAACAUGAUUUUUUUUACAACUCUUGCCUGUAAACAUCAUGCACAAUUCCUUGAUGUUGAUGAAAACUUCCAAUGCAAUAUUAGAGAAUGUUAUUAUUAAAACACUAAAUGUA